AAAGCCCGCUCCGAAAACAGAUCAGACCAGACAGUGAGCCUCCCUGCUGAAAUCUGCCAAGGAGCAAUGGAGAAGGUGAGCGUUGCAGUGAGAGUGAGACCGGCGAAGAGUGAAGACAGCGGCAAUGGAACCUUCUGGAAGGUUGAAGACAAUCGCAUCUCCCUUCACAAGUCUCAUGGCACCCCCAUUUCCGGCGUAUCCUUCGCUUUUGAUCACGUAUUCGAUCAAGACUGCUCAAACUCUAGGGUUUAUGAGUUGGUCAUAGAAAAUAUUAUUCACGCUGCUCUUGAAGGCUUCAAUGGAACUGCAUUUGCUUAUGGGCAGACAAGUAGUGGCAAGACUUAUACCAUGAAUGGUUCCGAGAAUGAUGCUGGGAUCAUUCAACGUGCAGUAAAUAAUAUAUUUACCAAAAUUCAUAUGGCAGUUGAUAGGGAAUAUCUGAUUCGAGUCUCGUACUUGGAAAUUUACAAUGAAGAAAUUAACGAUCUUUUUGUUGGUGAGAAUCAGAAACUAUUGAUUCAUGAAAGCUUGGAGCGCGGAGUAUUUGUAGCUGGUCUGAGGGAGGAAAUUGUGAAUUCUGCUGAACAAGUACUUGACCUCCUCAAACUUGGAGAAGCCAAGAGGCACUUUGGGGAGACUAACAUGAAUGUACGAAGUAGCAGAUCUCACACCAUCUUUCGGAUGGUUAUUGAAAGCAAGGAGAAAAAUAGUUCAGAUGAUGCUAUCCGUGUCUCCGUUUUGAACUUAGUAGAUUUAGCAGGCUCCGAAAGGAUUGCCAAGACUGGAGCUGGGGGAGUUCGCCUCAAGGAAGGAAAACACAUUAAUAAAAGCUUAAUGGUUCUUGGCAAUGUCAUUAACAAAUUAAGUGAAGGUGCUAAGCAAAGGGGGCAUAUUCCUUAUCGUGAUAGCAAGCUCACACGUAUACUUCAACCAGCACUUGGUGGUAAUGCCAAGACUUCCAUAAUAUGCACUGUAGCACCGGAAGAGGUUCAUAUUGAAGAAACAAGGGGAACCCUACAGUUCGCUAGCAGAGCUAAACGUAUCACCAAUUGUGUUCAAGUGAAUGAGAUAUUGACGGAUGCGGCAUUAUUGAAGAGACAAAAACUUGAGAUAGAAGAGUUACGCCAGAAACUUGAGGGAUCCCAUUCUGAAGUGCUUGAACAGCAGAUUUUGAAAUUGAGAAAUGAUUUGCUGACGUAUGAACUUGAGCGUGAGAAGCUUGCUAUGGCGCUGGAGGUGGAAAGAAGGACGCAAAAGGAGCGUAUUAUGGAUCAACAGAGGAAACUAGACGAGCUGUGCAAUCAAUCAGCUUUAUCAGAUACAAAUGGCCAUACCGCUCAGAAUACCUCUCUGCAUAACUUUGGGGAAAGGAAAGGCACAUGUCAGGAUGAUGCCUUUAGUACACCAUGUUAUAAAGCAGCUCCCAGUGCCUUUGUUGCUAAACGAUCAAACAAUUCUAGACGGUGCGAGUAUAGUCCUCUUCCUGACGCAUUUGGUGACUUUGCUGAUGAAGAUACAUGGGCAAAAAUAAAUAAAGGCUUCAUAGCUGAUCUUGAUGAUCGAUCCACACCGGAUUGCAAUCAAGAAGUGGAGAAUCUUCGGAGAGAACUGAAGCAAGUUUUAAAGGAAAGAGACGAAUUCAAGGCAGAUUAUUUAAAACAAAGAUCACUGAACGAAGAUUUAAUGAAAGAGAUUUCUCAACUUCGGCAAGAGGCGUCUCUUGUUCAAAAAAUCCCUGAAAGACACUUUGAAUGUAUUGUCGUCUGCAAAGAUAUUUACAAAGAUGUCUUGUCAAUAAUACAGAACUGUGUAGCUAAUGAGAAGUCGCCAACCGCCAAGUUACUAUCUGCCUCAAGUGAGAUUGGCAUCUCCCUUUUUUCCACUCUGGAAUCAAACUUCAAGAUGGAUAUGGAUGGAGAUAUAUCCUCAAGUAGAAUAAAUGUUUCAUUUGAAGACCAGCGAACGAAGCUUUGUGAGAAGGCAAAUAGUACAAUAUCUUCAAUCACAAGCCAACAUCCAGAGAAAGUAUCAAACAGCAGCAAACAUAAGGGAUCUAAUCUAGAGCAAGAUAUUGAUAGUUGGAAGAGGGCACUUGAGGACGAAGUUGGAAAAGUGAAGGAAAAAUGCUGCAGCUUGGAGAAAGAGUUGGAGGCCAGCAAUCAACUUGUUGUGGCUUCCAGUGAAAGACAUAACAGCUUAGACAAACAGGUUUGUGCAUUGAAAGAAGAGAGGGAUAUGUUGGUCCAAAGAGUUAGGGACUCAACUCAAAAGGUUGCUCACCUUAUGGAUCAAAGAGACACAGUUUUGAAGAACUUGUGCGCGGAAGAGCAUAGGAGGAAAGAACUUGAAGAAGACAUAAGAGACUUCAGCCUUGCUUUUACGCGGAGACAGAAGACGCUUUUGUCCCUCCAGUGUGACUUCAGGUCUUCAAUUGAUAAUUUUAAGGCUCGGAAUCCAGUUCAAGGAUCCUCCGCUUAAGGAGGAGUAUCUCUUCUUUGUUUAUAAAUGUGGUUUUUAUCUUCUCUUCCUCUAGCGUUUGUCAUUGAGCUCUUGCAGCAAGAAAAUGUAUUUUGGAGAACCACCAUUGGUGUUGUUUAACCCAUACCACCAUUGUAAGUUCAUCUAAAACUAAUCGAAUAUUUUUGGUUAAUUAAUUACUUGGUGUAAU